GCCGACACAUAACCCGCAGAUGCACCGCCGUCAAUGGCGAAAGCGCGAUGACGCACGACAUGGUUGACCCUGGAACGCGUGCAUACCGCCGAGGUCCGAUCAUUGAAGAGCUUAGAAAUCACCAGUUGAAUGCCGCGACAUAUCGCAACCACCACUGAGCUUCCAGGCAAUCAAAGAUGGCACAGGAAUCGAAUGAGAAGGAUGAAGGUCAGGAUAUCGCAGGAAGGCCUGGGUACAAGAAGCUGGCGAAUGGCAUUAUACUCGGUCCAGAUGGCAAGCCAUGCCGAGCCUGCAACGAUCUAACCUCCCUCAUGGCCAUGUCAGGCAAAAUGUCCAAAAAGCGCACACCCGCAGCCGCGCCUACCACGACCACGCCCUCCCUCCCCGCCGACUGCCCACCCGACGUCGAAGCCCUCGGCCGUUCCUCAUGGACCCUCCUCCACUCCAUAACCGGCGCAUACCCCACAAACCCCUCUCCCCAACUCCAAUCCGAAACCAAAUCCUUCCUCACCACAUUCGGCAAAUUAUACCCAUGCUGGGUGUGCGCCGAAGACUUCCAGAAAUGGAUGCAGAAGAACACACCGAGAGUCAGCUCGAGGAGCGAAUUUGGAGAGUGGAUGUGCGAGGCGCAUAAUGCUGUGAAUGAGAAGUUGGGGAAGGAGCAGUUUGAUUGUAAGAAGUGGGAGGAGAGGUGGAGGACGGGGUGGAAGGAUGGGAGGUGUGAUUUCUAGGUCUCAGGGAAUUAGAAUUGAGGGGUGUUAUGUGGUGUAUGAUUAUGUGUAUAUGAAGAGAAUGGAUGGGCGGUUUGUUGCAUAGCGAAGGACACCACUCUGUACGAAUAUGAACUAGAUACCGGCAUUGGGCGGCGUUGAGAGACAUAACAUCUCAUCCAAUACAAACACAAUUUAAAGACUGG